AUCUAAAUGGAGGCUCUAGGUGAACCUAUUGGAGAAGAACCUGAAGAGAAUGGUAGAAGAAGUUUAGAGAAAAUGAUUCUGCUUAAAAGUAGAAAGGAGAGCUACAAAAUCUGAAGAAAGGUUUAUUAUAAUGCUUUUAAACCAGAUUAUUUAAAGAAUCCCUUUUAAACUCGACCAUGGAGAUGAAGCUUUGGACAGAUGUAAUUUAAUUUUCUAUGAUAUUAAUGAGAUGAUUCUAUUGAUGAAACAAUUACAUCUGCUCCCAUUAGUUGAUGCUAACAUUUUUGCUUUGGAGAAUUUACCAAAGAAAAAUAAACAUUUUCAUCAUUUACUAAAUGCUUCAUUUCCUCGAAGUGUAAAUAAACUUAUUCUUAAUGCUCCUCUGUUUAAGUCGUGUAAAAUUUCUUAUUAUUUCGCGAAUAUUAUGCAGAAUAGUUUCAGAGUUUGAAAUAAAAUUGAAUUCGAUUCAUUUAUAUUGAGCAAAAAUCAAGUGAAAAGAUUAAUCAUAUCUUUCAAACAUGUAAAAUUAUUUACACUCAUUAGAUGACGGAUUUCAAUCCCAGAACCCCCUGAUUUCAGUAAAUCUCUUAAAAAUGCUCAGAUUUGCAGUAUAAAUCUUUAUUCAUCAUUAAAGGCCCGAGUAAACAAUCAAGAAGCAACUAUUGAGCUAUUCGAAAACCUUAUUAAAGGCCUUGCUACUUCAGAUGACUUAAAACUCGCUCUCAAAGAAAUGAACCUCACAUGAAAUGGUCUUACCAAAACUGCUGCCCAAGAAAUCUUAGAGUCUAACGGUUUCGGUCACAUAAGCCUCACAUUAUAAGUUUCAGCCAUUUUUA